AUGGACUCUGAAUCGUCUUACCGUAACCUCUAUGGAGUGCCAAAAAGCCAGCCUCCUACUAUAGCACAGUCCCGAUUACGAACUAGAAAGCCGAAACAAACCAGGGCAGCCCGUUCGAGGAGGCAGUCUAAACAGGCAGAAGACACACACGACGAUGUUACCUUCUCUGAUCAUGGAAUGUCGUCUGCAGAAAGCGUACUGCUCGUCGACAAUUAUGGGCCUGCCACAACUACACCAAAGAAAACAGCGCCAAAGGCACGAGAACCAAACGGAGGGACCUCGUACAACGAAGGAGCUCCAACUACCGAUGACGAUGAGCCCAGCCUGGCCAUUGUCAGGGAAGGCCAGAUCAGGGAGCCAAAGAGGGAGGGGCCGACAACAUCUAGCGAGCCGGUAAUCUUCAGAGCGAACCUGGAGGAUGCACUUGUCGUCAGCUACAAUAUAGCCUCUUACACGAGCGACCUGGUCCGCAAUGCGCUGCGCCUCGCCAAACCGUUUCUCACAGCUCUGGUCGCUGUGUGGCUCUUGAUCGCUACAGUACAACACUUUAUCUUCCCUGCCGUCGAGCAGGCGCUAGUCUUCGGCUGCCGUCUACCCCUUAUGCCGAUGCUGCAUGUCUGCCAAGUGUCCUUGAAGGCCGAAGCCUCCAAGGUUGGGACAUCCAGAGUCAAGGAGAUCAUGAAGCCGCAGAGCGACUACAGUGAAAUCCUGCAGUUUGUCGGCGAGCGCCGGACAAUCCCUUUCGAUCUCUUGCGCUCAGCCAACAAAGCCGCCGAUCUGCAGGUCGAAGUGGCACAGAGCAACCUGCCGUCUCGUGACGAGCUCAGCACCGAGUUUGGCAUCUUCGACCGUGAUGUCAACAGCGCUGCUGCGACGUUUCGAGAGUUCGUUGCCCAGGUGCAGUCCAGCGGUCAGGCUCUCGUUAACGUCGACAAUUCGAUGAUGCGGCGCCUCACCUCUCUGAACCUGAAUCCGUCCAUCUGGACGGAGACUGUGAAUUUCUUAAACAUCUUCAGCGGAGACCACACACCCGCAGCGGAAGCGUUGAGGACCAUUUUCGACGAGUACCUGCAGCUUCUCAGCAUCUCCAUCGAGCGAAUCGACGAGGUCCUUGAGAUCACGGAGAGGACACUGGCCGAGUUGGAGAUUCUCCGACAGGACACGAAACGAAUUUACACUCUCACGAGAGCCGACGAGAAACAGAUCAACCAAGCCCGGGGGGAUGAGAAGCGAAAAUGGCUUAAGAAGACACACGUCUUGAAGGAGUUCCAGGACCAGCUUCGGCUGCUAGAUAGUGUUGAUGUACACCGAGACAAAGCUGUCGCAUUCGUCAUCGAGGUGAAAGACAAGACCGACGGGAUCAGAGUAGCUCUGAAGGAGCUGAAACGACAGGCCAUGAAGCCGCAAGCCCAGUCGAGAUGGAACGACAUUAGCGAGGAGUCUCUCGAGCGGCAUCUCCAGGCGUGGCACAUGGCCCUCGGUCAGCAGAUAUCGACUCUGGAGCAGAAGCUUGAGGCAGCGGCUCCUGGAUCGGUUGCACGGCGAGGAGUAGAGCAGGGGAGGAAAAACACCAUCUCCAGCAAUUGA